GGAACUCACCUGACGAGCGGGAACCAUUGCCUUAGUCUUUCUCGCCGUAGAACGUAUUUGGUCCAGAGGGAUGGAUUGAUAGGUAACAAGUCAGGCCACGACCAGGACCACGACAACGACCACGAGUCCACGAACAAGCACGACCCAAUCAGCUCCAUCCCACUCGUCGUGCGUGUUAUCGAUCGGUCACCCCUGGGACCAUUCUUUGAUCCAGCCUGACUCUCACCUUUACUUGGUGGAUUCGGUCGGUGGUGUGGUGUUGUGGUGGGCCUGAUGGGCUUGGUGGUUUGUGAUGACCGAUCAGAGUGAGAUCACGUCUUGACGGGAUUUCUUUCGAACUUGGAGGGGCUCCAUUUCGUUCCUCCCUGAUUGCUUGACUGACGGCCUUUUCUUGCCCUGAUCGCCAAUCUCUGGCUCGAGAUUGGGCGGGAUUCUCGGCUCGCCCCAUGCCCGAGUCCGGUCUGAGCCCUUGGUCCGAGUUCGUCAGACGUUGUCAUCCCUAUUGUCAAUAUUAUCGUCAUCAUCUGGGCCCAGGAUAAUGUCCAUGGGUACAGAUAACGCCCACCCACCCGCCAAUACGUCGGUGCCCGCGCCCACUCCUCCUCUGCCUCAAUCGUCCCCCACGCUCUUAUCCACGUUGCCCCCCGCAUCACCGCAAUUUCGACGCUCAGAAUCGGCUUCCGGAGAGGCCGUCGUGGGUUUGGGUGCCUCCCUGGGUGUAUCUCUAGGCGGUUCGGGUUCAUCGUCCACCUCGUUGAAUUCGCCCUCGUCCGGGGGUCCGCCCGCGGCCGUGAGUGCCAGCUUGUUGCAGUCGGCACCUCGACCCAUUUGUCGAUUUUUAUCCAAAGUUCAUGAAGCUUUCACGCCGCACGGGCUGUCGGCCACCGCCCGCAUUACCGUGGAUCGCCGUUCCAUGGAGAAGACGUGGAAGAUGAUGGACAAAGUAGUCCGGUCCUGUCAACAUCCCCGAAUGAAACUCAAGAACUCCCCGCCCUUCAUUCUGGACAUUCUCCCCGAUACCUAUCAGCAUUUGCGACUCAUCUACAAUAAGAAUGAGGACCAACUCGUGAUUCUCAAUAGUAACGAAUACUUCAAAAUCUUCAUUGAGAGCUUACAAAAGAAGUGCAAGCAUGCUUCCAAGCUCUUUAAAGACGGCAAAGAGAAGAUGUACGAAGAGGCCUCGCCCUACCGACGUCACUUAACUAAAUUGAGCUUGGUCUUUAGUCAUAUGCUCAGUGAGCUGAAAGCCAUCUACCCUAAUGGAAUGUUUGCCGGUGAUAACUUCAGAAUCACAAAGAGCGAUGCGGCGGAUUUCUGGAAAAAAUCCUUCGGUGAUAAAACAAUAGUUCCCUGGAAGAGCUUCCGAACCACCCUCAACAGUGUUCACACCAUUGGCACGGGAUUAGAAGCCAUGGCCCUCAAAUCCACCAUAGAUCUGACCUGCAAUGACUUUAUCUCCAAUUUCGAGUUUGAUGUGUUCACCAGGUUAUUUCAACCAUGGUCGUCCCUGCUGAGGAAUUGGCAAAUUUUGGCUGUGACGCAUCCGGGUUAUGUCGCCUUCUUGACCUACGACGAAGUCAAAGCUCGUUUGGAACGACAUCUAGAUAAACCGGGAAGUUAUGUGUUUCGAUUAAGCUGCACCCGCUUAGGACAAUGGGCCAUCGGUUACGUGACCUCUGAUAGAAAUAUUUUACAGACUAUCCCACAAAACAAAAGUCUUUGUCAAGCAUUGUUAGAUGGACAUCGAGAGGGCUUUUACCUCUUUCCGGACGGUCGGACGGUCAAUCCAGAUCUAAGUUGGGCAGUUCAAGCCACGCCUGAGGAUCACAUCCGAGUGACACAAGAGCAAUACGAACUCUACUGUGAAAUGGGAUCCACGUUCCAAAUGUGCAAAAUCUGUGCCGAGAACAGCAAAGAUAUCCGAAUUGAACCCUGUGGACAUCUUCUGUGUAUCAUUUGUUUGACCUCUUGGCAGGAUUCGGAUGGAGGCGGAAGGUGUCCAUUUUGUCGAGCGGAAAUCAAAGGAACCGAGCAGAUCGUGGUGGAUCCGUUUCAUCCCAACUACGGAGUCAUUCGGUUUGCAGAGGAGAUUGACCUCAUGGAUUGUGGUGACGAUUGGCCGGGAUUGGAUCAGCCCUAUUCUAUUGUAAAAAACUCGUCUGAGGAAAAACUCGAAUCCGACUCAAUUCUAGGGAGAACCGAAUAAAUUAUUUUAUGAAAGAUUCAAAACAAA